AUGUUCUUGCAUGUAGUUGGACACAACCAGAGGUUCAGGGUCAUUAACAUGACAUUUAGGAGGUCACCUGAAACUAUCAGUUUGUUCUUUCACCAAGUCUUGUAUGCAGUUGGUGAGUUGAGAAAUAAGUUGAUUGUUCCACCAUCUACUAGUGUUUAUCCUAGGAUCCUUGGCAGCAGGAGAUGGAACCCAUAUUUCAAGGACUACAUAAGAGCAAUUGAUGGGACACAUGUCUUAGCUAGAGUUCCUUUGAAGAUGCAAGCUGCCUUUAGAGGCAGGAAGCACACCAUCACUCAGAAUGUUUCGGCAGCAGUGGACUUUGAUUUCAUGUUCACAUAUAAGCUUGCUGGUUGGGAGGGAUCUGCGCAUGAUGCUCUAAUUUUGUCAAAUGCUCUUGAAAGGGCUGAUGGCCUUACAGCCCCACAAGGGAAAUUCUAUCUUGUGGAUGCUAGAUAUGCAGCCAAGCCUGGGUUCCUACCACCAUUUCGUGGUAUAAGGUACCACUUGAGGGAGUUUGGUUCUAAUAGUCCACAAAACCAAAGAGAGUUGUUUAACCUGAGGCAUUAUUCUCUUAGAGUGACAGUAGAGAGGACCUUUGGUGCUCUAAAGAAUAAGUUCAGAAUCCUUGACAACAAGCAUUUCCAUCCUUAUAAAAUCCAAGACAUGACUGCGAUGGGUGAGGAACUUGUUGGUGUUGCCAAUGAGGUAGGUGUUGAGGGUGGGGUGGUUGCUGUGGAGGAAGGGAACCCAACAGCCCCUCCACCCAAUGGAGCUCAGCCUGGGAGGCCAAUGCAAUGGACCAGUGUUCAGUCAGCCUUCAUGCUUAGUAGGUUUCAUGAUCUGGUUGGACAAGGGGUCAAAAUUGACAAAGGCUUCAAGGAAGUUCAUGUUAGGAUGAAGGAUCUCAGUGGUGCUCUCUGGAAUGAGGAGCAUCACAUGAUAGUUCUUGAGAAGGAGCAUCUGAUAGGCCACACUAAGGAUCAUCCUGCUGAUGCUAAGUUCUUGAACACCCCAAUUGAGAAAUAUGUCCAAAUGGAGGCCAUUUUUGAUCUAGCCAGGCUACUGGUGGACAACUCAAAGAGUAGUGAUGAUAAGGAAGGAAGAGGUGGUAAAAGGAGGAAGUUGUGUGAGGAAGAAUACCAGUUGAUGCAUGGUAUGAGUGUUGUUGCUGCCUCUGUUGUAGAUGCUCUCAAGGCUCCUCAGCACAAUGAGGUCCAUGAGGAUCUUUAUGGUUGUGUCAUGUCCUGCCCUGGGUACUCACAGGAGGCGCUGAUGUUUGCACUUGUGUUUCUACUGAAAACACAAAGCAGAAGGCCUAUGCUUUGUUCAGAUGAGUGA